AUGUUGAUCCUCGUCUUCCUCUUCAAACGUUCACGGUUCCUCUUUCCUCUUCGGCGAUUGUUAGAAGAAUAUAAGAAAGCUUGUUUGAUGGAACAGUACGAGAAGGUUGAGAAGAUAGGUGAAGGAGCCUACGGCGUCGUUUACAAGGCUCGUGACCGCAUCACAAACGAGACCAUCGCAUUGAAGAAGAUUCGCCUGGAGCAGGAGGAUGAGGGGGUUCCGAGCACCGCCAUUCGAGAGAUUUCUCUCUUGAAAGAAAUGCAGCACCGGAACAUUGUUAGGUUGCAGGAUGUAGUACACAGUGAGAAGCGUUUGUAUCUGGUUUUUGAGUACCUUGACUUAGAUCUAAAGAAACACAUGGAUUCAUCUCCAGAAUUUGCAAAAGAUCCACGGCAAGUAAAAGUGUAUGUUCCUUUACCAAAUUCUAUGUGGCAUUGCUUACUCACUAAUUCACUGAAGCUUGCAGAUUUUGGACUGGCUAGGGCAUUUGGAAUUCCUGUUAGAACAUUUACUCAUGAGGUGGUAACACUAUGGUAUAGAGCUCCUGAAAUUUUGCUUGGAUCCCCUCAUUAUUCUACCCCAGUCGAUAUUUGGUCAGUGGGAUGCAUAUUUGCAGAAAUGGUAGAUCAACAACCUCUUUUCCCUGGGGACUCUGAGAUUGAUGAAUUGUUUAAAAUAUUCAGGCAAACUGAAUAUGUUGGGAAACCCCAACCUAGCACAAUAUGUGCCAACAUUGGAAAAUAUGGAAUAGUACUUUUAAUCUUGGGUACGCCAAAUGAAGAAACAUGGCCUGGAGUGACAUCAUUGCCUGAUUUUAAAUCAGCCUUUCCCAAGUGGCAGCCUAAGGACCUAAAAACUGUGGUUCCAAAUCUUGAGCCAGCCGGUCUUGAUCUUCUUUCUCGGAUGCUUCGCUUGGAUCCCAGCAAAAGAAUUACUGCCAGGAACGCUCUUGAGCAUGAAUACUUCAAAGACAUUAAAUUUGUUCCCUGA